AUGUGUGCCUUGCAUUUGCAAGGCCUGGGGUUCAAUCCCUAACCCCACCCCACAAAAAAACAAGUUAGCAAACAGUAUUAUGGCAUUAUGCAACUCAACCUCCACUCCUCCUAGAGGCCUCCCUUGCUGUGUUAAUCCCUCUGGACUACUUCCUCUAAACUCCUGCUGACCUUUACAAUCAGUGACUGUGCAUUGACUAUCUUAGGUAGUUUGGUAUAGGCCCCAGGGCUGGACCCUUAAUUUCCACUGCCCUGUGUUAGGGCUCACUGUCUCAUAGCGGCAGCUUGAUGAGUGUUUUUUAAGCUCUAGAUCUGCGGUAACAAACCAGCCAUGGCUGCUGCAAUGCUCCAGCCCUUCCUAGAGCAGCUGAGGCUAGCCAUCCCCAGGUGGAGUGUGCCAGGACCAGCCCAGGGCAAGACCCUCUGCAUCCUUCAGGAGGAGCAGGUCAGACUAAAGAUGAGACUGCAGGAGUUGCAGCAGCUAAAAAGGGAGCUCAGGAAUUCUCCCAAAGACAAGCCUCCCUUUCUGUACCUCCAGAUUCCAUUCCCUGUACCAGAAUUCCCCUUAGUGUUCCGAGGACACACUAAGCAGGGCAGACCAGUGCCCAAGUCUUUAGUUUCCAAUCUUCGGAUCUGCUGCCCUCUGCCUGGAGGGUCUGCUCUGGUCAUUUUCGAUGACCCCAAAGUUGCUGAUCAAGUGCUUCAACAAAAGGAACAUAAGAUUGACAUGGAGGAGUGCUGGCUGCGGGUACAGGUCCAACCCUUGGAGCUACCCAUGGUGACCACUAUCCAGGUGUCCAGCCAGAGGAAUGACCAGAGGGUAUUGGUUACUGGAUUUCCUGCUGAACUCAGGCUGAGUGAGGAGGAGCUACUGGACAAGCUGGAAAUCUUCUUUGGCAAAGCCAGGAAUGGGGGUGGGGACGUGGAGACUCGGGAACUGCUGCAAGGAAGUGUUGUGUUGGGUUUUGCUAAGGAAGAAGUGGCCCAGAACCUGUGCCGGAUUGGCCAAUUCAGAGUGCCAUUGGGAAGGCAGGAGGUUCCUCUGAGAGUCUUUCCCUAUGUGAGUGGGGAGAUCCAGAAGGCUGAGAUCAGAUCCCAGACAGUUCUCCGCUCAGUGCUGGUACUCAACAUUCCCGAUGUCCUCGAUGGCCCAGAGAUGCAUGACAUCUUAGAGAUUCACUUCCAGAAGCCCACUCGAGGGGGUGGGGAGGUGGAAGCCCUGGCAGUUGUGCCCCCAGGAAAGCAGGGCCUGGCAGUCUUCACCUCUGAGUCAGUCUAGGUUCUCCAACCAGCUGCGGUUGGGUAAGCAUAGAUCUUUACGUUUACUGACAGGGGGAAGGGAUUACACAUUGUGAACCGCUGCCAGGGAAGAGUAAAACUGCCUACUUGGCAUGA